AUGGCUCCCUCGAAGUCUCCCUCCGCUCCCACAAACACCAAAUGGACUCACGAGUUUGAUACCGUUCGAAGAGAGAAACUUUUCCGAGACCCCCCAAAAGAUCACACAGCAUAUCCUGCACUUACCGCUGCAGUUGCUCCUCAUAUCGAAUCAUUCAAUGCACUGUUCGAGAAAGAUGGUUUAAUUGCUCAAGGUUUAUUGGAUAUUGGAUCCAAAACCUACCUCGAUGGAGAUGAUAGAUUAGGCCCAGGAGGAAAGAACAAGUUGACUGUGAGGAUUAAGGAAGUCUUCGUCGAAAAGUCUAUGUUACCUGCAUCCAACAAGUUCUCGACCAAAAACAGAGAAAUCUUACCGGCAGAAUGCAGAGAACGACAUGUUACCUACAGAGGAAAGAUGUCGGCGCGCAUGGAGUAUUCGAUUAACAACGGGGACCCAAAAGAGUUCAUCAGAGAUCUUGGGCAAUUGCCUUUGAUGUUGAUGUCAAACAAGUGCCAUCUUCAAAAUAACUCACCAGCACAACUUGUGCAAAAGAAGGAGGAAUCCGAAGAGCUCGGAGGAUACUUCGUGGUGAACGGAAUUGAGAAAAUCAUUCGUCUUCUUGUUGUCAACCGAAGAAACUUUCCUAUGGCCAUUAUCAGACCAUCAUUCAAAGGCAGAGGUCCAACAUACACCGAAUUCGGUAUGCUCAUUCGAUCCGUACGACCCGAUCAAACUUCUCAAACCAACGUUCUUCACUAUCUCAAUGAUGGAAAUGUUACUUUCCGUUUCUCGUGGCGCAAGAAUGAAUUCCUUGUACCUGCUAUGAUGAUUUUGAAGGCAUUGGUGGAAACAAACGACAAGGAAAUCUUCGAAGGACUUGUUGGUGCUGCUGGUUCGAAGGGAGCAGACAACACAUUUUUAACUGAUCGUGUGGAAUUGCUAUUACGUACAUACAAGGCCUACGGUUUAUACACAAAGAGCAAGACUCGAGCAUACUUGGGUGAGAAAUUCAGAAUUGUCCUUGGAGUUCCAGACACGAUGUCAAAUUACGAUGUUGGAACGGAAUUCCUGCGCAAAAUUGUCCUCGUCCAUCUCGGAAACACCGACGUCACAGAAGCGCAAGAUAAGGACAAAUUCAAGAUGCUUCUUUUCAUGACUAGAAAGCUGUAUUCUUUGGUUGCUGGAGACUGUGCUGGAGACAAUCCUGAUGCGGUCCAGAAUCAAGAAAUUUUACUCGGAGGAUUCUUGUUCGGUAUGAUUAUCAAGGAGAGACUUGAAGAUUGGCUUCACACUGGUUUGAGAAUGGCAUUGAGGGACUAUGUUCGACGAAGUCCAGAAAACAACUUUGCGACUCCAGAAUUCUUGAAAGAUUUCCCGGUCAAAAUUUGUUCAAGGACGAAUGAACAAGUUGGUGGUGCUCUGGAGUACUUCAUGUCUACUGGAAAUCUUGUUAGCCCAACGGGUUUGGAUCUUCAACAAACUUCUGGAUUUACGGUUGUGGCAGAAAAGAUUAACUUCCUACGAUUUAUUGCCCAUUUCCGUAUGAUUCACAGAGGUAGUUUCUUCGCUCAAUUGAAGACUACUACUGUUCGUAAGUUAUUGCCAGAGAGUUGGGGUUUCAUGUGUCCUGUCCACACUCCUGAUGGAAGUCCUUGUGGACUGCUAAACCAUCUUUCACACAAAUGCAUAAUUCUCACACACGCCUCGGAUGUAUCGGCUUUACCAAAGCUUCUUUCUGAACUUGGUGUCGUUAGCACCGGCUCAUCAUCCACUGAUGAGAGUGUUGUUGUUCAAUUAGAUGGAAAGAUUAUGGGCUGGUGUUCACCCAAGCAGUCUCUUGUCAUUGCGGAUACUCUACGCUACUGGAAGGUUGAAAAGUCACAUGGUGUUCCAACCAAUUUAGAAAUUGGUUAUAUCCCCAAUUCACACGGUGGACAAUAUCCGGGUAUCUAUUUGUCUGCUGCACCAGCUAGAAUGGUCAGACCAGUGAAAUAUCUUCCUCUCGAUAAAGAAGAUUUUGUUGGACCACUCGAACAACCUUUCAUGUCUAUUGCAGUUACCGAGCAAGAGAUCGAAUCUGGGGAACACACUCACGUCGAGUUUGAUCCUACUCAUAUCCUUUCCAUCCUUGCCAACAUGACCCCCUUCUCCGAUUUUAACCAAUCGCCCAGAAAUAUGUACCAAUGUCAGAUGGGUAAACAAUCUAUGGGUACACCCGGAACCGCCAUUCGUUACAGAACCGACAACAAGGCCUAUCGCCUUCAAACUGGACAAACCCCGAUUGUCCGCGCACCACUUCAUAACGAAUAUGGUUUUGAUAACUUCCCCAACGGAAUGAACUCGGUUGUUGCCGUCAUUUCUUACACUGGAUACGACAUGGACGACGCUAUGAUUAUCAACAAGUCCGCGCACGAGCGCGGCUUCGGUCAUGGAACAAUCUACAAGACCAAAAAGUAUGAAUUGGAAGAAGGUCACAAAUCUCGAUCUGCUAAAAAUAUCAAGAAGCUUUUCGGUUUCGCUCCUGGUGGACUCGUGAAAGCUGAAUGGAAAGCAGCCAUCGAUGAGGAUGGUUUACCAUUUAUUGGCCGAAUGGUGCAAAACGGUGAUUUGAUUGCUGCAUGGCAUACAGUUUCGAUGGACGAGAAUGGAAAAUACGUCAAUCGAGAUGGCCAGACUCAUUUCGAGAAAUACAAAGAGACUGAAAUCGCAUUCAUCGAGGAAGUUCGAUUGAUUGGAAACGAGAACGGAAUAGAGCCUUGUCAAGCCAUUUCUGUCAAACUUCGCAUCCCUCGUUCUCCAGUUAUCGGAGACAAGUUUUCGAGUCGUCACGGACAAAAGGGUGUUUGUUCACAAAAAUGGCCAGCGGUCGACAUGCCAUUCACGGAAUCUGGUAUUCAACCUGAUACCAUCAUCAAUCCUCACGCUUUCCCUUCACGUAUGACUAUUGGUAUGUUCGUCGAGUCCUUGGCCGGAAAAGCUGGUGCAUUACAUGGUUUGGCUCAAGAUAGUACCCCGUUCAAAUUCGACGAGGAACAUAAGGCCGGUGACUACUUCGGACAUCAAUUGAUGAAGGCUGGAUAUAACUACUACGGUAAUGAACCUAUGUAUUCUGGUAUUACCGGAGAGGAGUUGCACGCCGAUAUUUACAUUGGAGUUGUCUACUACCAACGUCUUCGUCACAUGGUAAACGAUAAAUACCAAGUCAGAACCACAGGUCCAGUCACACAACUCACUGGUCAACCGAUCAAGGGUAGAAAGAAGGGCGGUGGUAUCCGUGUGGGAGAGAUGGAACGUGAUUCUUUGCUGGCUCACGGUACUGCUUUCUUGUUGCAAGAUAGAUUACUCAACUGCUCUGAUUACACCAAAUCGUGGAUCUGCAAGGAAUGUGGAACUUUCUUGUCAACUCAACCUACCGUUUCGGCAUUUGCAAGCAAGAAGAAGGGAACCGGCGUGGUCAGAUGUAGAAAGUGUGCGACGAGAGCAGAAGGAAAGUUGGGUGGAGGAGAGGUAUGGGAAGAUGGCAAGGGACAGAGAUGGGUAGGUGGUGAGGAUACCACUGUUGUGGCUGUUCCAGGUGUGUUGAAGUAUUUGGAUGUUGAAUUGGCGGCUAUGGGUAUCAAGUUGAAGUAUAAUGUUGGACCUUGA